UCAUCGAUCAUCGAUCCAACAACACACCACCCCUCUCCUCUCCCUCCGUGGCAGCCUAUACGGUGUUUUGUACACACAGAGAAACAGAAAACAGCAAACCCAAGAAACACAAUGUCGUCGUCGUCGUCAUCAUCAUCAUCUAUGUCUUUCAAGAACCUUUCUUUCUUUCUCUUCUCUCUCCUCCUCCUCACCACCUCUCACUCAUUUCCCCUCAACACCACUACCACAUUCCCAAACCCUCAAGAAACGACGCCAUCAGGUACCGGAGGAGGAGAAUGGGUUCGGCUGCACGACAGCAUAGGCGUCUCUGCCAUGCACAUGCAGCUCAUGUACGACAACAAGGUCGUCAUCUUCGACCGCACCGACUUCGGACUCUCCAACCUCUCUCUUCCCUCCGGCAAGUGUCGCUACAACGACGCCGUUUUAAAACUCGAUUGCUCCGCCCAUUCCCUCCUCUACGACGUCGCUUCCAACACCUUCCGCCCCCUCAUGGUCCUCACCAACAUCUGGUGCUCCUCCGGCUCCGUCCGUCCCGACGGAACCCUAGUCCAAACCGGCGGCUACCUCGCCGGCGACAAGAAAAUCCGCCUCUUUACUCCCUGCUCCACCACCACCGACGCCGCCGCCGAACAGUGCGAUUGGUUUGAAUUGCCUCAACAACUCCUCGUCCGCCGCUGGUACUCCUCCAACCACAUUCUCCCCGACGGCCGCCUCAUCGUCGUAGGUGGCCGCAGACAAUUCAACUACGAGUUCUUUCCCAAGAACUCCAUCAAUGGCUCCUUACCAGAGCUCUUUAAUCUCCCCUUCUUGCACAACACAACCGACCGGUUCGAAGAAAACAAUCUCUACCCAUUUCUUCAUCUUCUACCUGAUGGUAAUCUUUUCAUUUUCGCCAAUCGGAGAUCGAUAUCGUUCGAUUACGUUAACAAUCGGGUUGUUAAAGAGUUUCCCGAAAUACCCGGAGAGAAACGGAACUAUCCGUCAACGGGUAGUUCCGUUCUUCUUCCUCUCCGGGGAAAUUCACCGGCGCCGGAGGUCAUGAUAUGCGGCGGUGCACCGGCCUUUGGGUUCUACCAGGCUGAAAAACUUAGUGUGUACGUGGCGGCUUCUAAGACUUGUGGGAGGUUAAAGGUUACAGACCCCGAACCUCAAUGGUUGAUGGAAAAUAUGCCAAUGAGUCGGGUCAUGUCGGACAUGAUACUGUUACCUAGCGGUGACGUGCUUAUUAUUAACGGCGCGUCGAAUGGGACGGCCGGGUGGGAGGACGCGGUCGGGCCGGUUCUCAACCCGGUUCUUUACUCCCCUACCCAACCCGAUCCGAGUAAGAGAUUCACUGUGCUCAGCCCUACCACAAUUCCGAGAAUGUACCACUCUGCUGCUAUAUUGUUGCCAGAUGGCAGAAUCUUAGUGGGGGGUAGUAAUCCCCACGUACAGUACAACUUCACAGCAAUGCCUUACCCAACUGAAUUGAGCUUGGAAGCUUUUUUGCCACCUUACAUGGCCAAAGAGUACUCUAAUCUCCGCCCUUCGAUCUUAACGGUGGAGGCUAGAGAUAAGGUUGUAUCGUACGGUCAGGGAUUCGCUAUCACGUUCAUGGUGGCAACCUACCGUCUAUAUCAAGAUUUUAAAGUGGCUGUGAUUGCACCGCCGUUUGCCACGCACUCUUUCGGAAUGAAUCAACGGCUGAUAUAUUUGGAUAUAAUUGGUGGGGCCCAAAAACUGUCGAUGUUUGGGUAUAAGGUUAGUGUGGUUGCGCCUGUAACACAAAAUAUUGCACCGCCGGGGUAUUAUAUGCUGUUUGUGGUUCACAAUGGGAUACCUGGAGAAUGUGUUUGGAUCCAGAUUAAUAAUUGACAAUCAAAACUACUUCUUGAUUUUUCAGUUUUUACGGUAAUCUUUUUUUA